AUGCCCUUCCGUCUCGGCAGAAGACGCAAUGAUUCAGGAUCUACUGGAUCAUUCUCCACUGCUACACCUCCCGAAACACCAGGAGAAAAGGAUUUGAAGGACCUCACAGCAGAACCCGAAGAAAUCGAAAGAGGUAACAGUAAAUUGGAUGACACAAAGCACGAAGGAAGAGAAGAAACAGAAGAAGUGGCACCUGAGGAAAAGGCGGAAGGAAGUAAGAGCAAGAGAGAAGACACAAUCGAGUCGCCCGAAGACGAUCCUGAACAAGUGAUCGCAACUACAGCCACUGCAUCUUCAGCUUCCUUCUCUGACUUACCUGCAACGCCCAAACCUGACUGGGCGGAUGAUAUUCCACCUGACACCACGGAUGAUUCUUCGCAAAUCAAAACCCGGCGGAAACUAAUGCUUCGCGAUGAAGAGCCUGUCUUAUAUAGAGAUAAAUACAUGGCUGUAUCGAAAACUUAUUUAUAUAUAUUUCACUAUUACAUGCCGAGUGGGUCAGAAAAGGCUAUUCCGUUGACGCAAAUUAAGAAUAUACAAACUGAUAAGGAGGCGAAAAUUACUGAUGGACAAUUUCAAAAAUGGGGAUCCGGUGGACUCAAUCUCUGGUGGGCCCGUGACUUUGGCAGAUGGAGAAAUCACGACCUUUGCGUCAUUGUUACGGUUAAUCAUGGUCUCGUAAAACGUAAAGGAUUUACAAUGGAGGAUUUGGAAGGAUUGGAUAUUUUGAAGAAAGCCUGGCGAAACGCUAUUGGGGCACGUGAAUCAGAAGCAUGA